GGCGCCCUCGCGCGGGCGUUUUCCUGCCCCACGCGGGGCGGCCGCCGGUGCGGAUCUGGGCGCGCCCGGGCCGCCCCGCCCUCCUGCCGGCCCUGGGCGGAUCCGGGAGGCGACGGCGAUAGAUCCUCGGCCGUCCUCCUCCCGCCGAGCCGGGCGCGAUGAGCACGGAGCUGCUGCUGUGGCUGCUGGCGCUGUGCGCGCUGCUCCUGCUUGUGGUGCAGCUGCUGCGCUUCCUGCGGGCCGACGGCGACCUGACCCUGCUGUGGGCCGAGUGGCAGGGGCGACGCCCAGAAUGGGAGCUGACUGACAUGGUGGUGUGGGUGACUGGAGCAUCAAGCGGAAUCGGCGAGGAGCUGGCUUACCAGUUGUCUAAACUAGGAGUUUCUCUUGUGCUGUCAGCCAGAAGAGUGGAUGAGCUGGAAAGAGUGAAAAGAAGAUGCCUUGAGAAUGGCAAUUUAAAAGGAAAAGAUGUACUCGUUUUGCCCCUUGACCUGAUGGACAGAAGUUCCCAUGAAGGGGCUACCAAAGCAGUUCUCCAGGAGUUUGGUAGAAUCGACAUUCUGAUCAACAAUGGUGGAAGAUCCCAGCGUUCUUUGUGUGUGGAUACCAGCAUGGAUGUCUACAAGGAGCUAAUAGAACUUAACUUCUUAGGAACAGUGUCCUUGACCAAUUGUGUUCUGCCUCACAUGAUUGAGAGGAAGCAAGGAAAGAUUGUUACUGUGAAUAGCCUCAUGGGUAUUAUAUCUGCACCCCUUGGCAGUGGAUACAGUGCUAGCAAACAUGCUCUUCGGGGUUUUUUUAAUGGCCUCCGAACUGAACUUGACAAAUACCCAGGUAUAACAGUUUCUAACAUUUGCCCGGGACCCGUGCAAUCAGACAUUGUGAAGAAUUCACUAACAGAGGCAGUUACAAAGACUGUAGGAAGUAAUGGAGACCAGUCCCAGAAGAUGGCAACCAGUCGCUGUGUGCGGCUGAUGUUAAUCAGCAUAGCCAAUGAUUUGAAAGAAGUUUGGAUUGCGGAUCAACCUUUUUUGUCAAUGCCAUAUUUGUGGCAAUAUAUGCCAACCUGGGCCUGGUGGAUAACUGGCAAGUUAGGGAAGAAAAGGAUUGAAAACUUUAAGAGUGGUCUGGAUGCAGACGCCUCUUAUUUUAAAAUCUGGAAGAAAAAACCUGACUGAGACAAGCACUUGCACUUUUCAAGCCACUGGAGGGAGAAAUGGAAAACAUCAAUCCUAUGCAUGGAUCCUAUAAUUUGUGAUUUUACUUUUUAAUAGAUACAACUUUGCUUUCAACAUGUAAUGAAUGAAAAAUAAAAGACUGUUGUGAAUCUUUCAAAAAA